UUCUCCUCGUUUUUUGUUCAGACAGGACUGUCGGCCAGCAGCAGCAGCAGCAGCGAGGAGAGAGGCGAGAAGUGGACACGGGCUGAGACGAGGAAAAACAAUACCGACCUGGGAUAAAAGAGAAACAAAAUCAAAACCGCGCCCGCGUGUUUCGACAGGUUUGCUCCAUCGUUGUUUUGAGAACGGGAGGCAAGGACGACAAUGCAAAUGGGCGACCUUGACAGUGGCAUGGUGAAGGUGGCAAAGUGGCAGGAGACAAUGUAUGGCCACGACUCGGGCAUCCAGUCCGGAGCCACCACAGUCCGAGAUGACGAGGGCGAGUACACCACCACCAAGCACUACACCAUGACCACCACUGUCACAAGUGACCAGCCUGAGUUGGACGCCCAGUAUUCUAUGACCAGGGCCCAGCGUGUGCGGGCUGCAAUGUUCCCAGAGAUGGUGGAAGGAGGCACCACCAUCUUGUCCACUCAGACGGACCCGUCCCAGAUGACUAACGUCCAACGGCUGGCCGAGCCAUCCCAGAUGCUCAAGACCGCCAUCAUCCACCUGAUCAACUACCAGGACGACGCCGAGCUGGCCACACGCGCUGUGCCCGAGCUCACCAAGCUGCUCAACGAUGAAGACCAAGUGGUGGUCAGCAAGGCGGCACAGAUUGUCAACCAGCUCACACGCAAGGAGGCAUCGCGCCGUGCACUAAUGCAGUCCCCUCAGAUGGUGGCGGCCGUGGUGCGGGCCAUGCAGAACACAAGUGACAUGGAGACGGCACGGGCCACCGCCAGCAUCCUCCACAACCUGUCCCACCAGAGAGAGGGCCUGCUCUCCAUCUUCAAGUCUGGAGGCAUCCCCGCUCUUGUCCGCAUGCUCAGUUCUCCCAUGGAGUCUGUGCUCUUCUACGCCAUCACCACGCUCCACAACCUGCUGCUGCACCAGGAGGGAGCCAAGAUGGCUGUGCGUCUGGCCGACGGCCUGCAGAGGAUGGUUCCCCUGCUGAAGAAAAGCAACCCCAAGUUCCUGGCCAUCACCACAGACUGUCUGCAGCUGCUGUCCUACGGCAACCAGGAGAGCAAGCUGAUCAUCCUUGCCAACGGGGGUCCUGAGGGUCUAGUUCACAUCAUGAGAAGCUACAACUACGAGAAGCUGCUGUGGACCACAAGCCGUGUGCUCAAAGUGCUCUCUGUGUGCCCCAGCAACAAACCCGCCAUUGUGGAGGCUGGUGGGAUGCAGGCUCUGGGUCAACACCUCAACGGCUCCAGCCAGCGUCUGAUGCAGAACUGCCUGUGGACGCUCAGGAACCUGUCUGACGCUGCUACGAAGCAGGAGGGUAUGGACAGCCUGCUGCAGAUGCUGGUGGGCCUGCUCAGUUCAGAUGACCUCAACAUGCUCACUUGUGCCACCGGCAUCCUGUCUAACCUCACAUGCAACAAUGCCCACAACAAAACUCUGGUCACCCAGAGCAACGGCGUGGAGGCGCUGAUUCACGCCAUAUUGCGUGCUGGUGAGAAGGAGGAUGUGACCGAACCUGCCGUUUGUGCUCUGCGCCACCUGACUUCACGACACCAGCAGGCUGAGAUGGCGCAGAAUGCUGUGAGGAGUCAUUAUGGCAUCCCCGCCAUCGUCAAGCUGCUCAACCAGCCCUACUACUGGCCUGUCAUCAAGGCUGUGGUCGGCCUGAUCCGUAACCUGGCCCUCUGCCCAGAGAACCAGGCCCCUCUCAGGGACGCAGGAGCCAUCCCCCGUCUCGUCAACCUGCUGCUCAAAGCCCACCAGGACGCCCAGAAACAUGGCUCAUCCGCCCAGCAGACAUACCAGGAUGGAGUGAGGAUGGAGGAGAUUGUGGAGGGCUGCACCGGAGCACUGCACAUCCUGGCCAGGGAUCCCAUCAACAGAGCAGAGAUCGCCAACAUGCAGACUAUCCCUCUGUUUGUGCAGCUGCUCUACUCUCCAGUGGACAACGUGAAGCGCGUGGCGGCGGGCGUCCUGUGCGAGCUGGCCCUGGACAAACCAUCAGCUGAGAUCAUCGACAGAGAGGGAGCGUCGGCUCCACUGAUGGAGCUGCUGCACUCCAACAACGAGGGCAUUGCCACAUACGCUGCGGCCGUGCUUUUCCGCAUCUCCGAGGACAAGAACUCUGACUACAAGAAGCGAGUGUCUGUGGAGCUCACACACUCGCUGUUCAAAAACGACGCCGCUGCCUGGGAGAUGGCCCACAACAGCAUCCCCAUGGAAGCAAACUAUCCAGAUGAGCUGGAAGCUUGUUUCCCAGGCUACGGGGGAUAUCCGGGUGAGAUUCCCCUGGAUGGCAUGGAGGGAAUGCAGGAGGAUUACGCAGCCAGCAUGGCCUAUGAGAGACAACAAAACCCUUUUUAAAGACCGAGAAGAAGCAGAGGAGGGGAAGAAGGGGCAGAAGUGGGACUUAAUGGGACAAGGAAGAAGAGAACAGAGUCACCAGUAGAGAUUAUUCCCUCUGCUCUCAGCUUGAUGUAAUAUAUGCAAUUAUCACCGAGUAUGGACUCCUAAUCUUAACAGGGCUCAACUUUGUUUCAUAGCCUAAUUUUUCUGAUUAUAAUUAUGGCAAUGCUUGUAGGUUUCUGUUAGAGAACCUUCUGUGUGUGUGUGUGUGUGUGUGCGUGAGUGCGUGCGUGUGUGAGUGCAUGCGUGUUUGUGCAUUUGGGUGGGUAUUCUAUGCCAAAGAGAUUUUUAUUUUGUGAUGAUAAUCAUGUAGCUUCCUUUUUAAAAAAAAAAAAAAGAAAAAAAAAAAAAGAGAAUAAUAGUGCAAACACUGCCAGAGGUGGCUCAACGUGCACGAUGCACCUGCUCACCGCUCUUCCUUUCCUUCUUAAUGCCUUUUGUAACGGACACUGCUGUCCACGCUGUAGUUCUGACACUAUAUUCUGUCAACGCUCUCCCGCUGUGUCACUGAAGAGUUUUGUCAGCACAGACUUGUUCUUACUCUCGCCACCAAUCCGGUAGGAGUGAAUAAACGAGGGGAUGUGGAGGUCGCUCGGCCUUUGAGAGCACUCUAAUGUAAUCAGCUGACGUGGAGUAAUAGGAGUGCGAGUGAACAAGAUGUUGGUCGUUUUUGUUUUUUUAAGAAUUGUUUCACAUCUUUUAUGAGUUAUUUACUGGGAAAGGUUUCAAAUUAUCCGACAUUACCAGAAUAUUAACAGAGAUUGAUUAGAAGCUGAAUCUCAAGAGAUGACAUGUGACUAUAAUACUUUGCAGAACAACAGUGUGGGUUAAUGGGUUUUUACGUUUGUUUAACAGAUCGACUGAUUCAUUAGUCGACGCGUAAGAUAACAUAGUUGGGGAACGGCCCUACAGCUAGAGCAAACUACUGACAGGGAAAUUUGACUUUCUACUAAAUAAGAGUUUUUACUGAAAUUUUGUUUAAUAAAAAUAAAGGAUAUAUGAAACGUA